UCUCUUUUCGGGAAUUACGUUAUACCAAAUCACUCGUCACAGCAUAAAUUUUGUAUCCUAGCAUUCAAUGCUCAAUUACAUGCCACACUCUCUCUCUCUCUCUCUCUCUCUCUUCAAACCAUAACAAUAGAUCAGCAAUGCCGCUACAUAGUUUGAGAUAAAACUCCAAAUUCUUGCUUCUGGAUAAUCAUGACCCAACAACAGAACAAGGCUUGUGCUUUUCCGGCUACCAACUCCAACUAUUCGGGUUUUCUUCUUGAUCCUGCAAAAUAUGGUUUGCUGAAUUUGGCGGAAAAACAAAGACUAGUCCAUGAGAUUGCUCAACAGUCAAAAGAUGCCUCGAGCAUGCUUCAGUCAUUUACUCGCAGGGAACUUCUAGAAAUAAUCUGUGCUGAAUUAGGCAAAGAGAGGAAGUACACAGGAUAUACCAAGAGUCAAAUGAUAGAACAUCUUCUGAAGAUAAUUUCUAAGAACUCCAACUUGCAAAUCAACGGAAAUACUCCUGCUCGUUCUCCUGCCAAAAGUUACAUUGGAUCUAAAAGGAAAAAGAAACCUGCAUCACAGGAUUUACCUCUUGCUCCUCUAGUGAACAGUACUAAAGAGGAAACAGCGAAAGCCUAUGUGUGUCAGAAUGUUGCAUGCAAAGCUGCAUUGAAUCCAGAAGAUUCUUUUUGCAAGAGAUGUUCUUGUUGUAUAUGUCAUGGUUAUGAUGAUAACAAGGAUCCUAGUUUGUGGUUGACCUGCAGUGCUGAUCUUUCCAAUGAGGAGUCAUGUGGAAUGUCCUGUCAUUUGCAAUGUGCUUUGAGCAAUCAAAUGACUGGCAUUUUGAAGGGUAGUUGUGGUAUUAAGUUGGAUGGAACCUUCUGUUGUGUUUCUUGUGGAAAAAUUAAUGAACUAAUGAAGACAUGGCGAAAGCAAUUAUUGGUUGCCAAAGAAGCAAGAAGAACGGAUAUACUCUCUUUGCGAAUAUCCCUAGCCCACCGAAUUCUUGUAGGAACAGAAGUCUACAAGGAAGUGCAGAAGAUUGUAGAAACUGCUCUCAAAUUACUGGAGAAUGAAGUGGGAUCACUUGAUCAUGUAUAUGCUAGGAUGACGCGUGGAAUUGUGAGCAGGCUUUCAUGUGGUGCUGAGGUUCAGAGAUUGUGCUCUACUGCAAUUGAAUGUUUUGAUUCAAAGUUUUCUGACCUUUUCUCUAUUUGCGUGGAAAAGAAAGAUGCACCAACAUGCUCGAUUCGCUUUGAAGAGUGUCUUCCUACUUCAGUUGUUAUCGUGCUAGAGUACAAAGACAAACUUUUAAAGAACUUUCUAGGCUGCAGACUUUGGCACCGAAUAUCAACAAUGGACUACCCUGAACAACCCACCUUCAUUGUCUUGAGGCCUGAAAAAAGAUUCAAGUUAGAAAACCUCCAUCCUUCAACUGAGUACUUUUGUAAGGCUUCUCUGUUCAGCAGCACAGGGAUUUUGGGUGCUGCAGAAGCUAAGUGGGUGACACCUUGUGAACCUUCCAAUCCUUCAAGAGUUAUUAUUAGUCGCGGCGGCAAUCAUUUAAGAUGGUCCCCUCAGAGAUCCUCAGGUACAGGAAUGGACAUGUGUGCACAUGACCAAAUAACUGCUGAAAUUCAUCCCACAGAAUCUGCUAACUCUGGCAUGAAUUUAUCUGGAGAACAUCUUGGGAAACACAUCAUCAUUUCAAACAGCAAAAGCAGGUUUGAAGAGUUCCUCUCCAAGCCUCUAUCACUAGAGCCUUUUUCAUAUAAAAUUUUUGCUGCAGUUUCACCUGCCACACCUUCUAAAUCCUAUGAAAUGAGGCAAAUUCCUGGUUUGAAUUCUAGAAAGCGCUCGAAGGAAAAUGACUACGAGUAUUCUGUCAGAGUGGUCAAGUGGUUAGAGCAUCAGGGGCACAUAGAUGAAAACUUCAGAGUAAGAUUUCUGACUUGGUUCAGCCUUAAGGCUACUCAGCAGGAGAGAAGGGUGGUGAGUGCUUUUGUUGAUGCAUUAAUUGAUGAUCCAGCAAGCUUAGCAGACCAGAUUAUACACACUUUCAGUGAUGAGAUAUGUUGUGAGCAAAAGCCUUAGUGAGGAUGUUAUUAUACACUAAAUAUUUGUUUUUGUCAAAUGGCACUGGAAGCUUGGAUAGAAAGUUUGUAACGCUUUGUGGGAGUUAUAGGGACAGUCCAUGGAUAUCAGCUGUUUCAAGUGUUCUUUCUCGGGGGAACUAGUUUAUGGUCUUAUACUAAUUUAGUUUCAAUUAUGUAUUCAUUAGUGGACUGAUUGUUGGAUACAAUAUCACAUCCUCACGGAA